AUUUAUUCUUUCAUAUGCCACUAAUUUAUCAUCUGUAGAAAUCAGCUUCAGCUUUAUUAAGAAAUUUUUAGAUUCUUCUACUAAAUCUUUGCAUUUAAAUUAUUUUAGAUAUCACUAAAUUAAAGAAAUAUAUAGCUUAGCAAAAUGAAUAAAAUUCAUUUUUAUUAUACUAGCAUGCAUUCAAUUAAAAAUUUAGCUAAAUCAACUUAGUUAUAGCUUAGGUAUAAGCCUACUCUUUAGCCAUUUAGCUCUAGGAGCUUUACCUUCAAUCCACUAUUUGCAUUUUCAAAAAUUGAUAUGAUUGGAAGUGAAAAUCUAAAUAAGUCAUCUAAAAUUGAAGGAAAUAUUUCAAGAUAAGUAUAAAACGCCUAUUCAAUGAAAAAUCUUUUAGAAAUUUAUUUAUAAAUUUAAGAUUAAAUCACUCCAUUCAACUUUUAUUUCAUUGCGAGAGAAAUGUAAACAAGGUUUUAUUCAGAAGAUCCUAAAACGUUAUAAAAGAAUCAUAUUUUCUAGAAGUUAAUUUAAUAUAUUGAGAGUAAUAUAGAAAAAAUGCCUCCUUACACGCAGGUUGAGGUUUUAACUUUGAUUAGAAAAUGUUAUUAAAAUGGACACUUAAAUGAAAACUUAACCAAGAAACUAGCAAAAUAAAUUGAUUAGCUUUUGUAACAAAGCUGUGAAAGAAAAAAUAACAAUAUCAAUCCCAAAUUAAUAAGUUAGGCUCAUUUGGACUUAGUGAAUCUUGAUAUUUGUUAAGAAUAUUGGAUAGAGCAGUUAAAAAUUAAAUUACAUGACCCAAACUAGUUACCUUAUUUUACUAACUAAACAAUUUACAACAUAUUUAAGUCAACUGAGCAGUUUUGUAAAAAAAAGCACUCUGACUUUUUCUACCAACUUUCAGUAAAAAGUAUCCCGUUGAUUGAAUAAUUUGAUUUAGAUAGAUUAUGUAAUAUAUUCAUGCUUAUUGCAUAAUUACAGUUGUAAUUUAACACCAGCCACUUCAGAAAUCCAUAAGCACUCUAAGUAAUAAAAGAUGAAAUUAUGAAAAAAAUAGAUUAAAAUUUUACAAUUAGAAAUGGAAUGUACAUUAUCUAGGCCUACACAAAGGCUCCUCACACUUUAGACAAUUUGCUCCUUCAAAAUGUACUUAAGUAAAUGACAAUAUAUCUAUAAAACUAAUAAAUGAAUACAAGAUAAAUAAUGUAAUUUUUAAACUAUACCUCCUAGCUGAGAGAAGGAUUUAAACUAUCAAAAACACAAAUCCAAUAAGCUUAUAAUUUAAUCAUAAAAUAGCUCAGGUUGAAAAAAGAUAUCACCCCAAGCUUAUGUUUAGAAGUUCUCACUUUUAUGUUCGACGUGGAUCAUAAUGACGACUAAAUACUUGAGCUUAUUGACAACAUUCUAAGAAAUUAAAAAUAAUUAGGAUUUACCAUGUUAACUAAAAUUUUGUAAUACAUGCUCAAGUUAAAGUACGACUGCUCAUAUUUAAGAAAAUAGCUUUCUGGAACUUUUAACAUAGAUGUCGAUUAGAACUUUUAGAAAAACCUUGAAUUAAUUUUUAUAUUCAACUACGAAAUUAAGAGUAACCCAAAUGACCAUUUAUAGUAUAAAGCUUCUGUUGAGAAAUUAACAUAAAAUAUUUGCAAUCAAAUUAAAAAUUAUGAAUCAGUCGCCUUAUUUUUAUAUUACUUAGAUACUUAUGGUAAAAAUUAUGUAGCUCAAAAAUCAGAGCCAUUUAGGAUAAUUAAUAAGCAAUUUUAUGAGGUUUACAGUCAAAUUUAUGAUUAGCUCAAUAAUAACUAGAAGUCUUAUAGUUUACUUAAUGUUUGCAACUGGAAUAUCUUUGAUGAUCAGUGGUAAAAUUUUAUCAUGAGUAAAGCUUAAGAUUUAAACGACAAAGAGUUAUUAUCAUGGAUUAUCAGUAAAUAUAUUUAAGACCAAAACAAAAUAUACUUGAAGCUUGAUCUUAUUUUGAAAAUGUGCUACUAUAGUAAAUUUGACAAAAACGAGUUAUUUUAGUUAAAAGUUAAAGCAAUACUAAACACUCCUUACCUUAGUAUUAUCAACAAGAAAGGUACUCCUCAUCCUUUACUUCAGAAAGUAUUUGAAUAAAUAGAUUUAAAAGCUCUCAAUAUAAAGGAGCAAAAAGUUAGUUUCUCUAUGCUCAUUAAAUCACAAAGAGUAUUCGAACUCUCUAAGAUACCUUCUUGCUUUUUUGUGGAAGCCAUUAUGAAACUAUUGGAGUAAACUACUACAGAAGAUAUUUUAGCAGACAAAUAAUUCUAACUUACUGAAGUUUCUCAAUUCUUAAUUUAAUAUGACACAGAACUAAGUGAGCUAGGUUAAUUAAAUGAAUUGAAUAAAAAGAUAAUUAGCAUAAAGUAAUUACUUGAUCAAUAAUUUGAAGAAUCCAAUUAAAACUUUGGAUUGGUAUAUUUACUGAAAUAUUUAGAGACUACUGCUUGGAUUUAUGAAAAAUAAAUUAUGACAAUCUAAAAAGAUGAAAUAUAAUUUUUAUCUCAAAAACUCUUAGAGAAGUUAUAAAAUAUUUAACUAUAGAAUUAAACAAAUUAAACGUUAAGUUCUAUCUUACUCUUGGCUAUUUUACAAACAAAAUAAAUUAUAAAUUUAGAUAUCCUAAAUUAACAAUUUUUACUUGAUUUAUUCACUAAGUCUCUUAACUCACUAAGUGUUUAAGGUUUCGUCAGCUACUUGGAAGGGAUGAAGAUGCUGCGUUUCUUCAAAUAAUAAUAAAUUUAAAACAAUUUAAAUGAUGGAAACCAACCUAAUGAAGAAAUGGAAGAGAGUGAUAAAAAAUCACUUCUAAAUAAGUAUUUUAGGUAAAUUGAAUACUUUUACAUCUCCAAAGAUGCUGGAAAAUUACCUUAUGUGGUCACAGAGUUUAUGAUUUUCUUUUCAACUUUUAAGAAAUUUUAUAGCUAACCCCAAGUAUAUAACAAACUUUUACAAGAUAUUCUCAACCUUUUUAAUCGUUUUAAGAUUUCAAAUUUAUAAGAAAUACUUAAGCAUAUUGCUAAUGUUAAAUUGCAUCAUCCUUAAGUUUUAUCGCUUAUUUAUUAGCAUUUUGAUCAGAAUAUGCUUCACUACCGUUCCUCUUUCUAAGAUAUGCUUUGGAACUUUGCUUUAUUAGGAUAUGUUCAUUAAAACAAAGAUUCUAUUCUAUUAGAUAAAUCCUAAGCCUAUUCUUCAUCAUCAGACGAAGAGUUUAAUGAUGAUAAAGGAUAAUAUAUUUCAGUUAUAGAUAAAUGCUUUAAGUUGUAUGGUCAUUAUAAAAUUUAUUAUCAAUAUAAAAUGAUUUGGGUUAUGAUAUUUUAUGAUUUGUAGAAUUAAAACAAAGAAUGCUUUUUACAACUUCUAAAUGAGUAAUUCAGCUAAGUGACUUCAGAAAAGCAUAAUUUAUAGUUUAGUAGCAUAUCUUUUAUUUUAGAUAUUGUCUCUCAUUGUGUGCUUUAUCAACCAGAUAUUUUUGAAAAAUUGACUUAGCCAAAAGAAAAGAUUAUUGAAGCUUCUUAAAACCUUUUAUAAAUUAUAAAUAACUAAAAUAAGAAUAAUUAGCAAACCACCAAUAAGUAGCUCAUUUAAGAUUUAGUAAAGUAAGAGAAAGAUUUUGAAUGCAAGCAAGAUUAUCUAUUUGAAGAAUAUUUGUUAACUGCUGAUAUUUACAUUCCAGAAACUAAAACAAUUGUCUUACUAGAAUAAGAUCAAUUUGUAAAUUAUGAUUAAUAAACAUUAUCAGGAUAAGGCUAACUAAGGAAAAGAUUCUUCGAAAAGUUGAUAGAAAAGUUAAAUAGUAAUAACCAAUAAGAAUAAAACAAACCUUAUAAAUUAGUAAGCUUAAAUAGUUGGAAAUUAAAAAACGUUGGUGAGAAAAAAGAAGACCAAAUAAAUUACCUAAAGAAACAUAAUAUUUUUGUCUGAUUCAUAAAUUUAUUUAGAGUAUUACAU